CAGGGGGAGCGGGGUGGUAUCCUCUCCUCCUCCUCCCGCUGCCAGCCUGUGUAUUGUGGCAGCUCAGCCCCGGCUCCAAACCCAUGCUCUCCUCACCCCUCUCCCCGGCCGGCACCCUAGACAUGGAUCUGUUCGGGGACCUGCGGAGGAUGAACAAGAGGCAGCUGUACUAUCAGGUGUUGAAUUUUGCCAUGAUAGUAUCGUCGGCCCUCAUGAUAUGGAAAGGCCUUAUUGUGGUCACUGGUAGCGAGAGUCCCAUAGUUGUCGUACUAAGUGGCAGUAUGGAACCAGCAUUCCAUCGGGGAGACCUGCUUUUCCUAACAAACUUCCAGGAAGACCCCAUCAGAGCCGGAGAAAUUGUGGUGUUCAAAGUAGAAGGAAGAGAUAUCCCUAUCGUCCACAGAGUCAUCAAAGUUCAUGAAAAGGAAAAUGGGGACAUUAAAUUCCUGACCAAAGGUGAUAACAAUGAAGUUGAUGACCGAGGUCUUUAUAAAGAAGGCCAGAACUGGCUGGAGAAGAAGGACGUAGUAGGCCGAGCGAGAGGGUUCUUGCCAUAUGUCGGAAUGGUAACUAUCGUGAUGAAUGAUUAUCCCAAAUUUAAGUACGCGGUUUUGGCAAUCAUGGGAGCUUUUGUACUUUUAAAACGUGAAUCUUAACCUUUGGAAGCCGGCGUUCACAGGAUGAAGAAAGGAAUCACUGUAUUUAAUAUAUUCCAUGGAUUUUUAUUUCUGUAACAGAAUAAUUGCAAUCGUGCCAUCCAUCACUGACCUGUACAGUAAAUGUCAGAAGUCAUUCUUACUGCUAUUUAUUUUACUGUUAGGGGGUUUUCGUUUGUACAUCGAAUCAUGUCAGAUUUUAUGGCAACGUGCUUUUCUAAUAAUGUGAGCCAAUAAAAUGCUGAAACACCGA